GGCUGUCACUCUUCUUUUUCUAUAAAGAAGACGGCAUGCUCGAGGAUUUUCUUGACUUAAUCCUCUCAUUGACGUCAAUCUCUUUAAUAAUCUGAUUCACUUUGAACAAAGAAAGUAGAUCUCGAUACAAAUCAUCAACGUGCAAUGAUCAUUGUCACAUUCUCGCUUAUAAUUCUCAUAGUCUUUCUUCAAUCAAUCCUGGCUGACGACAGUGGGUGUGUAUUAUUGCAAGGCUCCCGUGCCUGUCCAGCGUUUCAACAGUUCUAUGUUGGACUACCAGGACUGUCGACCCAAUACUCAUUCAUAGGAAAUGCGACAACGACAGAAUCCUUCGACCAAAGCCUCUUUAACUAUGUAAACUCGACAAGUAAUUAUCUCUUUCCCCUCGGCUGCCUUAGCUCCAACUAUAAUCCGACUGUCCCUUAUGCGCGCUACUCCCUCUCCCGCCUGUGCGCCCUGAUGAUCCAGGACUCCGAAGACUCUCUUCCCUGUAACUACCAACACAACCUUAUUCCACCUCCCCUCUGCCAGCAAACGUGCGAUGAUUGGGUCGACAGUAUCAAGGAGAUUACAAACGAUCCAGCAGUAUGCUCGUCUUCUCUUCAGCGUAAUACCACUCUCGCAAGCCUCAGUCUACAAUGCGUUUCGUGGCAAGGGUUCAAUGGAACCGGAGACACCAACUGUGUUUCUGGAAUAGCUAAUGAGCCAGAAAAUUGCGGUUUUCAAGGUAAUGUUCCCGGGGCCUGUCAUUACUGCACCAACCACCGAUCCGACACGUGUUGUGCAGCAGUCCAUGGAUGCAAACAUCCACUUGCCCCAGGUGCAAUUGCAGGAAUUGCGGUUGGGUGCGUGGUAUUUAGUCUGAUUGUACUGGCCAGCUUAUUAUACCUGUGUAUCCGAAAACGACGCACACCCUCACACUUUUCCAGCCCUGAAUUAGGACCCGACCAUUCUCUGGAGCGCCGUGAAGAUGUAUCGACCAGCCAACAAGCACUGGUUCAUAGUGCAUCAGCCGGGGUUGUCCCGCCAGAUCUACCAAUCCACAAUAUGCCACCAAUGGAGGAGCGAAGCACGAUCUCUCCUGUUCAACCUUUGACACUCAACGCCUUUCAUAUUGUUGUUCAUCCCUAUCCUCCUCAGGUGGAUGAUGAAUUGUCACUCUCGAUCGGAGAUAUCGUGUGCCUUGCACUGUCAUUUGACGAUGGAUGGGCACUUGGGUUUAAUAUCACAUCUGGUCGCAAGGGUGUGUUUCCUACUGUCUGUAUAGCACCUGCGCCACAAGAUCUACUGAACCGACUCAUGCUCAUGCCUGAAAACCCAAACAGUUACUCAAAGAUCCAAUGGGAAGACACAUCCUCCAAUCUUCCUGACAUGGAAGAAUAUCACAUUCAACAGCGAGAUGCUUCAAACCAUCCCCAAAAAGAUGCUGUGUUGACUAUGGAGCGACUUCAUGAAAACUUGCAGCGUUCUAUAAGUCUCGGUCUUUUUUCUAAACCAAUUGCACGCUCCAGUCUGGUUUAUACCCACACCAUGCCAUCUAAGAAAACCAGACGCACUUCAUACUCCUCCGACUCCGAAAACCCCACCUCACCAUCCCAUGCGUUGUACUCUAUACCUUAUUCUGCAUCCCAGUCUACACCAAAAGAUUCAUACGAAUUACAAGAUCACAAUACAUCAACGACCAACAUGACCUCUCUACAUCCUUCAUCGCACACAAGCAACGAUGUACGAUCCAAACGAAGAGAGACAUGAAAUAUAAUACACAUUACACAUUACACAUUAUACACAUAAAAAAAAAGUACUCUUUAAUACCUAAAAAUCGUUAAUGUAAUAUACAAAUCCCAAUCCACAACACGAUCAAAUCCCCCUCCUACU